CGCCUUCGCACUUCUCUCUCCCGCUCUCACAGCUUGCUCUCAAUCUCGCGCACUCUCUACCCACACACACCUCACGUCUUACUCCUCGGCUUGUGGCGCAGUAAUGCUUCGCUCCUCGGCGCCGCGUCUCUUCGCUCGCGCCGCUGCCGCGAGCGGCAGUGCGAGCGCCAGUGCGCCCUGUGCCAGCACCGUCGCUGGUCCCAGCCGCGCGGCCUCCGCCUCCUCCAGUGGCGCUCGUAGCGCCUCUCGCUCCUCGCAGCGUGUCGCAUUCUCGCCAUCCGUCGCUCGCGCCUCGCCCACCGCAGCCGCCGCCGCCGUUGACGCUCGGGCGUUCGCCACGCAUUCCGCCGUGCCCUCCUCGGGCGCCGGCGCCGCGGGUGCAGGAUACCACGCCGCGAUCCGCCGUCUAGGCAAGCCUGCGGCCGUCGAGACGCGCAGCCUCAACCCUCUGCCUACGGCCGCUGCACUGCAGCAAUGGGCUGCGUCCACGCCGCUGCCUGCCCUGCCAGACGACGUGCUCAGCCAGGCCGUCACGCACGACAGCUACGAUCUCGGCCUCACCAACGCGACGGGAGGGCACAAUCGGAGGUUGCAGUUCCUGGGUCGUCGAGCUCUGUUCCUCUACUACGCCCUCCUCUCUCCCUCCUCUGGCCCCUCGGACGUCCAGGCAGCGCUGCACACUUCUCAUCUUGGCGAGACGGCCGGUCGCGCACUGGCAUUGCACGAGGCCAUGCGCUGGACACCCGCACGCGACGGCGAUGAGAAGACUUCGGGUCUGUGGACCAUUCGCGGAUCGGUGGUUGAGGCGCUCGUGGGCGCCGUUUAUCAUCAACAUGGCGCUCUCGCGGCCCGUGCCUUUUGCCACGCACACGUCUUCCCGCACCUCAAGCUGAAGGAGGCGGUCUCGACGAAGGUGCAGGAGCUGGGCGAUGAGGCUCGUGCACAGCUUGCCGCUCUCAGCCGUUCUGCCGCGGCCGCUUCGCCUCGCGCCGCUGCUGCUGCGCAAGCACAAGCACAAGCCGCAAGCGCGCCGCCACCGCCGCCUGUUGUGGAGAGCCCGGCGGCGGCAAAGAUGCACGGCGAACUGCCGUAGCUGCCAGAUGCGAGCUACGGAAGGAACACAACGAGUGCAGGGCAGGGCAGGGAGAGAUGAGAGAGAAGGAUUGGGAAGGCGGGCUGAACGGUGAGCCCAAUCACGAAGACGCGCGGCCGCAGCGGGCGCGGCAAGGGCGAUUGAAAAACGCAUGUUGCGACAACGACGCGCCACGCAUGGCCGGUAAUGCACACACACCCACUCUUCAAGAGUCGACAGCGCAGCGAGAAGACAGCGGGUGCGUGGCGGCUCGAUUUUGAAGGAGUGGCAUUGGCAAGCGAAUAAAGAGGCGGAUAAAGAGGGUACAGGAUCAGAGACGAGAGAGGGAGAGAGGAGGGAUGUAGUUGCUCGGAGGAGCAGGCAAGCCGCGGCACCAGCUUGCUGGACAGUGGAGAUCGGGUGGGCAAGG